GGGAAGGCGGGAAGCGAGCCAGCGGGUGGGUGACUCGCGGUGGAGCUGUGGGUGGGGCGGCGGUCGCGUUUUUGGCUUUCAACCGUGAGGCUCGCCAGCUCCUGGAAGCCAGGAGGGAGAGAACUCCGUGUGCAUGGGAAGGAUAUCUGGCCGCACCGCCGCCCCUGCCGUCCUGAAAGUUUAACUCGAGGAUGCGUGUCUUCCGCUCCCGGGCCAGUGGCGUUCCCUUUUCGUGUCGCCGUCGCAUUUAGCAACUGGGAUCACAUCAGAGUCUUAAAAAGAAGAAAGAAGGAGGCGCCUGCAGAACUCUUGCACGGAGUUGACUUGUUCGGCCAGGGAAGCGCAGGUGGACCCGGGAGCUAGGAUGCAGAGCGGCGAGCCAGUGUCCACGAUGAGAGUCUCCGAGAGCGAAGGGAGGCUGGAGGCGCUGGCCACCGCGGUGACCCCGAGCGGCAAGAACAGCGGCGCGGGCGCGAUCAGCGGCGGCGGCGGCGGCAGCCGGGGUGGCAGUGCCAAGGGCUGGCAGUACAGUGAUCACAUGGAAAACGUGUACGGAUACUUAAUGAAGUACACCAACCUUGUCACUGGGUGGCAGUACAGGUUCUUCGUGCUGAACAACGAGGCAGGGCUGCUGGAGUACUUCGUGAAUGAGCAGUCCAGGAGCCAGAAGCCCAGGGGCACGCUGCAGCUGGCGGGUGCCGUCAUCUCGCCCAGUGACGAGGACUCGCACACGUUCACGGUGAACGCGGCCAGCGGGGAGCAGUACAAACUCCGAGCCACAGAUGCUAAGGAGAGGCAGCACUGGGUCAGCCGGCUUCAGAUAUGCACGCAGCACCACACGGAAGCCAUUGGAAAGAAUAACCCUCCUCUGAAGUCUCGGAGCUUCUCCCUUACGUCAAGUGGGAAUUCCCCGAUUUCCCAGCGGAGGCCAAGUCAGAACGCUGUCUCCUUCUUCGGUGUCGGGCACUCCAAGCUGCAGCCUGGGGGCCGAAAAGCUCACUUACCCCCGGACCACCUUGUGGAAGUCAGAGAGAUGAUGUCUCAUGCAGAAGGACAGCAGAGAGACUUGGUGAGACGAAUCGAAUGCCUCCCCACCUCCGGCCUUCCCAGCUCCCUGGACCAGGACCUCCUGAUGCUCAAAGCCACAUCCAUGGCCACAAUGAACUGCUUGAACGACUGUUUCCACAUCCUGCAGCUGCAGCACGCAUCCCACCAGAAGGGUUCUCUGCCUCCAGGAACGACAAUCGAGUGGUUAGAACCAAAGAUCCCUCUCUCAAACCAUUACAAAAAUGGAGCCGAGCAGCCCUUCACGGCGGAGCAGGACAAAGCCGUGCCCGUUCCUGAGGAGCAGUCGGCUGCAGAGUCUGGGCUCAUAGCGCUCAUAGCAAGGGAGCCUGAGGACAUAAACUCGGAUGAGGAAGUGGAGGACACCUGCGAUGACAAAGAGGACGACCUGGGGGCCGUGGAGGAGCAGCGCAGCGUCAUCCUGCACCUCCUGUCCCAGCUCAAGCUGGGCAUGGACCUGACACGGGUGGUGCUCCCCACAUUCAUCCUGGAGAAGCGUUCCCUGCUGGAGAUGUACGCAGACUUCAUGUCACACCCGGACCUAUUCAUAGCCAUCACGAGCGGCGCCUCAGCCGAGGACCGGAUGGUCCGCUUCGUGGAGUACUACCUGACCUCGUUCCACGAGGGCCGCAAGGGAGCCACCGCCAAGAAGCCGUACAACCCCAUCCUCGGGGAGACCUUCCACUGCUCCUGGUGGGUGCCCAAGAGCAGCCCCGGGGCCCCAACGGGCAACGCACCCAACCCUGCGCCCGAGGAGUCCGCGAGCCCGGCCGCUGACUGCUACACCGUGCGCUUCGUGGCCGAGCAGGUCUCCCAUCACCCGCCCGUGUCCGGCUUCUACGCGGAGUGCGCAGAGCGGAGGAUGUGCGUGAGCGCACACGUGUGGACCAAGAGCAAGUUCCUGGGCAUGUCCAUUGGCGUGACCAUGGUGGGCGAGGGGGUCCUCAGCCUGCUGGAGCACGGUGAGGAGUACACCUUCUCUCUGCCCUGCGCAUAUGCCCGCUCCAUCCUCACUGUGCCCUGGGUGGAGCUGGGCGGCAAGGUUGGCGUGAGCUGUGCGAAGACCGGGUACUCGGCCAGCAUCACCUUCCACACCAAGCCCUUCUACGGCGGCAAACUGCACCGGGUCACUGCGGAAGUGAAGCACAACCUGAGCAACACCGUGGUGUGCAGGGUGCAGGGCGAGUGGAACGGCAUCCUGGAGUUCACCUACAGCAACGGGGAGACCAAGUGCGUGGACCUGACCAGGCUGGCGGUGACAAGGAAGCGAGUCCGGCCCCUGGAGAAGCAGGACCCGUUCGAGUCCAGGCGGCUGUGGAGGAACGUGACGGAGGCGCUGAGCCACGCGGAGAUGGACAAGGCCACGGAGCACAAGCGCGCGCUGGAAGAGCGGCAGCGGGCGGAGGAGCGGCUCCGAGCCGAGGCAGGCGCGGCCUGGAGGACGCGGUACUUCACCAAGGAGGGAGACAGCUGGGUUUAUCACAAACCCCUCUGGAAAGUCCUUGCAGCAGCACAACCAGCAGAGUGACAUGUGUUCUCCAGGAUGUGACCAGAUGUGGCUCUUCCAUUCCCCACCCCAACUGGAGUCACUGCACUGAACUGCCCCGCCGCUGAUCUUGAAUGUACCUCCUCGGGCGCCUUCAUCCCGCAGCAAGACCAAAGUGUCACACCUGGCCCAUGACGCAGCAAUGCAAACAACCUGAGCCCUGAGGGAGCUGCCUCUCUCGGCCACCAGACAGUGAGAACCCAGUGACUUCCCUUCUUGGUAGUGAAACAUGAGGUCUCCUUUCAGUCUCUAAUUUGCUUUGUCUGUCCAUAACUGAAGUAUUUGCUGCUCUUAGAAACCAGCCACGAUGUGGAGGAACCACCCCAGCGGAUGGCCGCUGUGCCUGCAGUCAGUGCUGGGCAGCAGCGCCAGCUGAGCUGUCAGCAGUGAGUUCCUGCAGCCACCAGAAUCACAGCCGCGGAGUUUUUUCUUCUGAGCAUUUUCAUAUACUUGAAAACAGCACUGACUUGAAAAAUUUCAGAACAUUUUUCAGUACCUAGUUUUAUUAAAUAUUACACUUGAGAGACAAUUUUUUUAAAUGUAUUCAUGUCAAUAUGAUGAGAUUUGGGCCUUUCCCAAGAACGAAGGCAUUAAGAAAAUAGCUAAUAUUAAAAAGUGGAACUGUUACAUUUUCCUGACCUUUUCUUCACCAGUAGGUUAGAAGUCAGUAUUGUGUGUACUGGGUCAGUUUGCUUUCUGUUACCUUGGUGCACCCAAAAGUGGAAGCAGGCAACUAUUCGUGUUUGUCAGUAACUUAUACAUGUGACCAGGUGCGUGGAAGUAAGGUGUGGUUCCUUUCUUUUCAAGGAAUCGUAAACAGUGAAGAAAAAUAUGAAAUAAAAAGCUAUCAGGAAGUUGUAUUCAGGUACAAAUCAUUUUUAAUCAGUAUUUCAUGGAGGCUGAAGAAUUGCUGGCAGUUGACAAAUAGUGCUGGUUAUGGUUCUGUCAUUCGUUCGCCUUCCUCAAGUGCACAUGCGUGGUGCUCGCCCCUCGUCCCUGCGAGCGACCUGAACUUCAGGAGUGGUGCCUUACGCGUCCUGUCCCUCCCACGUGUCUUCUGACCAAGCAUCACGUGUCGUGGGAGACAGCUGCAUCCCCAUCCUCACAAGGCAUUGAGCUCUGCGCUCUGAUAAACUCUUCUGCCGAGGGCUUCAGAGGACAAAAACAGGACAAUAGUUUUUUCCAACUAAUUGUAAAUUAUAUGCAAAAGAAUUGGUUUGUGUACAACCAUUUUAAUGAUGCCCUUUGCGUAUUUGCUGUGAAAAGCACUGGAAAAAAUCUCAAAAGGAGCUGUAGUUCAUGUGUUGGGAAAAUUGAGAAAUAAUAAAACUAGAGAACAAUA